AUUUUUAUUUUUUAAAAAUUUUAAAAUCGUAUAAAAAAGUUUGAAAAUGAAACGAAAGCAUGAAUCAGACGCGAUAUUAACUACGAGUAUCGAUUGUGGAAAUGUGGAUGAUUUUCGAGAUCAACUAUUGGAACCAGAGGAAUUAGUGCGGGUCGUUAAACUUAGUGGUCAGCAACCUAACCUUGCUUUACCACAAGACUGGGUUGGUAUCUACCAUAAGAGUGGUGGAAUUGUUUACCUGAAUCGAAAAACAAGAAUAUGCACUUGGUCACGUCCGUACCACAUCGGGGGAGCCAGUGUUAGGAAACACAAUGUCCCAACUGCUGCAAUACCAUGUUUGCAUGAGUUCCUAGCAUCGAAGAAAGAACAGAAUACUCACAAGAAGAGAAAACCGCUGGAUACCAUACAUGAUGGUAACAUUGGUCACCAUACGGGUAACCUUGACAACCAUUGUGAUGACCAUGAGAACUAUCUUGGUAACAAUGGCAACAAUGCUAAAUGUGAUGUGAAAUUGACAAUGGACAGUGUUGAAUUACAAUCUCCAAUGAUUAUGAAGGGUGAAAAUGAUUGUGGUACUUGUGGUUGUGUUGUGAUCAAGGAUAGUAGCAAUAUUGAUGGUGGUAAAGGUGACAGUGGUAGUAACCAAUGUAAUUCACAUGGUUUGGAGGGUGGAGAUAACCUAGUUGGUAAUGAUAGUGGCAGUAAAAGCCAGGGUAACCAGGAUGGUAUUGAUGUUGGUAGCCAGAGUAAUGAAGAUGGUAUUAAUGUUGGUAGCCAGAGUACCGGUAAUGAAGAUGGUAUUGAUGUUGGUAGCCAGAGUAAUGAGGAUGGUAUUGAUGCUGGUAGCCAGAGUAAUGAAGAUGGUAUUGAUGUUGAUAGCCAGAGUAAUGAAGAUGGUAUUGAUGUUGGUAGCCAGAGUAAUGAAGAUGGUAUUGAUGUUGGUAGCCAGAGUAAUGAGGAUGGUAUUGAUGUUGGUAGCCAGAGUAGCGAGGAUUGUAUUGAUGUUGGUAGCCAGAGUAGCCAGGAUGGUAUUGAUGUUGGUAGCCAGAGUAAUGAGGAUGGUACUGAUGUUGGUAGCCAGAGUAAUGAGGAUGGUACUGAUGUUGGUGAUCUCAGCUUGGAGAUGAAGGAACAUGGUCUUUAUGGUAAUAACUUAGGAAACAAUGAGAGCAAAGAAGCUGAUGGUAACAACAAAAUGGCUGAGGUCAACAAGACAAUUACCUCAGUUAAAGCUUUGGAAAACAGCGACAAUGACAGCAGCGCUGCGGAAGAUGUUUCAGACAAGACAGAGACAGAACAACUCGAAAUGUCAAGUGUCGGUGAAGUUGCUGAUUACUUGGGUAAGCUGUGGAAGUUUCAGUUCAUAACAAGAGAAGAAGAGAGGAACCUGGUAGUUACAGACACGAAUGAUAUGCCCGCUCAGAAACCAGUCACCCUUAAAUCAACACAAAUUCUGAAAACGAUACCAUACCUCGUGCAAGGAACUAAACUAACAUCAAAAGGCAACGAAAAAGUUGUUAUCAGCCCGGCUGGAAAGAGUCCUAGGUCUUUACUACACGAAUAUUGCUUGAAGGUGUUGCAGGUUAAACCAGAGUACACUAUUGAUGAAAGCGGUGCUUCUAAAACGCCUUUUCUCGCGACGGUCAGGGUGGAUGGCUUGCUCUACGGCAGUGGAAUGGCUAUGAGUAAGAAACAAGCUAUGACCUUUGCUGCUCAGAAAACUUUGGAGAUAUUUAUGCCUGAGUCUUUUAAGAAACUUCUUGACGUUGAAGAAAAUUUAAAGAUUUUUGACAGUAUUCCCAUCGAAGAUCCAAAUGUGUAUGAACUCACGACGAAGUUAGGACUUUUGAGUCCCAACCAAGUUUUAAACGAAUGCAUCAAAAGAAACCAGGGCGUUUUAACCACUGGUGUUAAAUUCGAUUUAAAACAAGGAAAGGACAAACAGUUGAAUUUUACCAUGGAAUGUGGCAAGCACAAAGCGACGGGAACGUGUCGUAGUAAGAGACUAGGGAGAGAGGUGGCUGCCCAAGCUAUGCUACAGAAAUUGCACCCGCACCUAAAGAAUUGGGGUUCUGUAUUGCGUAUUUACGUUGAUGAACACACAACCCAGGAGUUCACUAAACCCGAAGCCCCGGCGCCAACAACAGCGACGAAUGUAAACAACGAACUGUUGUCUGAGUUGAAACGGAAAAUGUGGAAAGUAAUGAAGAAAAAAGACAAAACGCCUUCAACUACGGGAUUUAUGACUAAUAUUGAUAUAUAAUUUGUAAUCUUAAUUCUAUACACAUUUAAUUCACUCA